GGCGCGGCAGUCGGUGUGAGGGCGGCGGAGCCGGCGGCGUCCAUCAGCAUCGGCUUCGGCUCCCCGGCUGCUUCUCGGCAGCUGCUCCCGCUGCUUCCCUGCCUGCGCCUCGCAGCGCCGGCCCGCCGCAGCCCUGCCGGUCGGAGGUGAGCGCUCUGGGGCUUCUUGCCUUGUCGCCCAGUCGGGACUAUCGCCCUCCGCGCGGCCGUGAGGAGGCUGAGGCUGCCCCUUGCCCCGCUCCCGGCCUGCCGGCGUGGGUGCCUUCCUCCGUUGCCUUGCUCCCCGCGUGUUGAAAAUCGUUGUCCUGUCUGCACUAGCAGCUAACUGAGCUCAGCUCAUUGCUGACAGCCACCACCAUCAGCAGGUCCCUUUCCCUCUGCGCGGGAGGCUUUUCAUUAUGUACCGUAAAUCCAAGUGGAAGCGCGGGUACAAUCUCGAGGGGCUUGGACACGGAAAUAAUGAAAAAAGUGUGCCACAACUCUUGAUCAGAGACCUGAAGUUUGAGAAGUCAUUAACUAAGCUCAUGUUUUCUCCUGAUCAAGAAAAUCAUCCAUCAAAAGCACCAGUCAAAUAUGGUGAAUUGAUUGUAUUGGGGUACAAUGGGUCUCUCCCAAAUGGAGAUAGAGGGAGAAGGAAAAGUAGGUUUGCUUUAUUUAAAAGGCCCAAGGCAAAUGGGGUGAAACCCAGCACUGUGCACAUUGCCUGUACCCCUCAAGCAGCAAAGGCAAUAAGUAAUAAGGACCAACACAGCAUAUCUUACACUUUGUCUCGGGCUCAAACAGUAGUAGUUGAAUAUACUCAUGACAGCAACACAGAUAUGUUCCAGAUUGGUCGGUCAACAGAGAGUCCUAUAGACUUUGUAGUAACAGAUACAGUUCCUGGGAGUCAGAGUAAUUCAGAUACACAGUCUGUGCAGAGCACAAUAUCAAGGUUUGCUUGCAGAAUCAUAUGUGAACGUAACCCUCCCUUUACAGCAAGAAUAUAUGCUGCAGGAUUUGACUCAUCAAAAAACAUUUUUCUUGGGGAGAAAGCUGCAAAGUGGAAGACAUCAGAUGGGCAAAUGGAUGGACUAACAACAAAUGGAGUUCUUGUUAUGCAUCCUCGUAAUGGAUUCACAGAAGACUCCAAGCCAGGGGUGUGGAGAGAGAUUUCUGUGUGUGGGAAUGUGUUCAGCCUUCGUGAAACCAGAUCAGCUCAACAGAGGGGAAAAAUGGUUGAGAACGAGACGAACCAGCUGCAGGACGGCUCCCUGAUCGACCUGUGCGGGGCGACGCUGCUGUGGCGCACGGCCGAGGGGCUGGCGCGCACGCCGACCGUCAAGCACCUGGAGGCUCUGAGGCAGGAGAUCAACGCGGCCAGGCCCCAGUGCCCCGUGGGCUUCAACACCCUGGCCUUCCCCAGCAUGAAGAGAAAAGAUGUUGUAGACGAAAAGCAGCCGUGGGUGUACCUGAACUGCGGCCACGUGCACGGCUACCACAACUGGGGGAACAAAGAGGAGAGGGACGGCAAGGACCGCGAGUGCCCCAUGUGCCGCUCCGUCGGCCCCUACGUGCCGCUGUGGCUCGGCUGUGAGGCGGGAUUUUAUGUGGAUGCCGGACCUCCGACUCAUGCAUUCAGCCCGUGUGGACACGUGUGCUCAGAAAAGACAACUGCAUAUUGGUCCCAAAUUCCUCUUCCUCACGGUACUCACACUUUUCACGCAGCCUGUCCCUUCUGUGCGCACCAGCUGGCUGGUGAGCAGGGUUACAUCAGGCUCAUUUUCCAAGGGCCUCUCGACUAACACAGGUGUUCCCAAGGACUGCAGUAAACUGAUAAGCUAAGCGAUUCUCAUUUUUAAACCAACCGUUUUUCGUAUUCUCUGGGCUUUGCUGGUUUGCAUUAAGAUGAAGAAUUCUUUGGUUUUUUUUUUACAACAGCUAAAUCCCUCUUUAUUGAGAAAAGUCUGGAAAUAGAAGAAAUGGGGGGAGAAGGGGGAGACCUCCUGCUUUUUUUUGAUUAAUAACUACUUCUGAAGAGGUGGAGGAAGUGUUGUAGAGUGAACUUCAAUGCCUUCAGUUUAAUGGUUUUUGAAUCACAUGUCCACAGUGUUUGAAAGGUGUUUCAUUCUUUUUGUAUAUGGAGGGUAAAUAGUUCAAAGAACAUUAGUUUACAGCUUGGAUGCAAACAUUGUAAAAUAUAACAUGUAUAUUAACUCUUUUCUAUUUAUCUUUAUUAUUGAAAAUAUUUAGAAUGUUUAGAGAGUAGCAUGGUCAUAGUGUGUUACAUCCAGCAAUUGGAUGUGUAGAGUAGUUCUGGAUGGAGAAGAUCGUGGGAUGAAAAUGGUAGAAAAAUCUUUUAAUCUAAAAUACUGAGUUCUUAGAAUAGUUAAAAUGCUUUUUAAACAAAGCUAAUGCAAAUUAUGAUGGCAUAAAGUUGUGCUUUAAUCGUGUUGAAAGGUAGCUGAGAAGGAUUUCUUAAAUUGUCUGUUUGGUAGGACUGUACUUAAGAUCUGGUUAUGAGGAGAAUAUUUACCAGACUCUUCGAAUAUGCAACUUAGUCUAGAUUAAGGAUUUUUUUCUCCCUUCACGCUAACACUUCUCUUUAUUUAGCAUUAGUGACAUUUGUGAGGGUUUUUCCAAUGUUAAACAUGAACAGACCAGAAAGAUGAGGCUUGUUCUGUUCCUUGCUGUUUGGGGGUGGGGACAAGGGGAGAGGUGGAUGCGCCUGGGCACGUGUGUGGGGAGCAGUUCGUGCCUUGGCCACAGCCCCAGCCUGAGAGGGGUUUGUCAGCUGGAUGCUCAGCCUUCCACCUGCUGACUGGUGGGGGCCUCAGGCCUGGCCUUUGCCAGGUGCAGGUGCUCAUCCGGGCCGCAGGUGGAACAGAGGAGGAGCCUGGCAGCUGGGGGACGUGUCCCUGCAUCCUCGGGCAGCUGGGCACAGCUGGCAGCCUGCUGGGAGAGCUGGGGCUGGGCUGGGCUCAGGCCCUCAGUGGAGGUGCUGCUGUGGGCUCUGCUUACUCUGGUCUCUGCUCUCCUCUUCCUCCCCCUCCUUCCCCUCUGGAUCCACCAGAAAACACCAGUGUACUACAUGCAGCUCUGCUGCCAGCCCACUGUGCUUCAUGGCAACCUGACCUUUUUACCAUUGAUUUGAGCUUUUUUGGCCAGCUUCGUACAUUUUUUUAAAAAAUAUGUACUGUAUAAUUGACAGUAAGAAAAUUUCUGUACUUUAUAGCAAAGCUUUAGCUUUCAUUUUUCUUUUGAAGCUGUUCUAAAAUUUUCUUUGUUUAAAGAGAUCUGUGUUGCUUAGAUGUCAUGAAUUACUUACUUUGACUGUCAAUUAUUUCUCCAUUUUUAAAAAGAAAUUAUAUAUAUUGUUUGGUUCACUCAGGAAAUGCAUGUGUCAGGAAACCUGUACUAUAAGUUCAGUUAGCUGUCAUGUACAAGUAACUGCUGUUACUCCCUUUCCAUAGAAAUAUAACUGAUUUUGACAUUUUCCAGAUUAUAUGCAUUAAGUAAUGAAACUUAUGCAGCAAGAAAUCCCUGUAUUGUAGUUGUUCUAAUCAUCUUAUUCAAACUAUAGUAUACUGUAGUUUUAAUUUUUAUUUGCAAAUUAAUUUAUUUAAACUACGUGAGUAAACACUUUUCAAAAACAGAAAUUCUGGGAUUGUGGCUUUGUUUCCAAGAGAUGGGAAAGGGCUGUGGAUGGCUCCUCUGUUCUGGGACACCUCAGGAGUGCCUCUGUUCUGCACAUAUGGAUUAAGAGCACAGAGAAGCAGCAGCUGUAAAGACUUUGGACGUUUUCCCUGGUAAUGGCUUGGAAUGGCUCCUUUCAGAUGUGUCCUCUCAAUGUGUUUUAUAUUUAACUCUGUGUUAAAGGUGAGAUUGCUGUUUAAAUGACACAGUUAAAUGAGUAAGUUACGAAUACUGAAAUGCAAAAACUGAACUAAAUUUUAAAA